GCAUGGAGCCGUUCGGAUCAUGUGGAUAACCGCACUUACUCAAUGUGUUUUUGACAUUUUUCGUAACACUAUAUUUUUUUUAAUAAAUCGUAAGCAACAGAGAGAUUUACGAUUAUAAAGAUAAAAAAGACACUUGUGAGAUAAUUAGUUGAUUCUUGAGUUGUAGGGGUAAUUUCAAUUAGUCAAUCAAAUCAGACAAAUAGAGAGUUUAACCUAACUUAUUGUACAAAUAAUUUGUUAUUUUAAUAAUAUUUCGGGUAGAAAUAUUAUUCAUUAGAAAAUAAAUUUGUGAAAAGUGGUAGUAGAGAUGGCUGAUGAAGAAGAUGAAAAGGAAUAUCGCUGGGAGACUGGUUAUGAAAAAACAUGGGAGGCAAUCAAAGAAGAUGAAUAUGGCUCGCUGGAAUUUUCAGUGGCGGAUAUUAUUCUCAAAGCGAAGAGAAAACGACAGCUGGAGAGAAAAGGUGGCUCCAGAUUAGGGAUGAUGAGACAUAUUUAUAUAAUUUUGGAUUGUUCCGAAAAAAUGACAAACGAAGAUUUGCAUCCUACUCGUAUAUUUUGCUCUUUAAAGCUCCUAGAAGACUUUAUCGAAGAAUUUUUCUAUCAAAAUCCCAUCAGUCAAAUCGGCAUUAUAGUGACGAGAAACAAAAGAGCCGAAAAAAUAAGCGACUUAACAGGAAAUCCUAAAAAACAUAUCAAAGAAUUAAAAGCUUUGAAAAAUUCGAGCUUCACCGGGGAACCUUCUUUACAAAACUCCUUGGAACUAGCCCUAAAGUCCCUAAAGUUACUUCCAUCUCAUGCGACGAGAGAAAUUGUUGUGAUAAUUGGUUCGCUCACCACCUGCGAUCCGGGAGAUAUUGGCGAAACCAUACAGACAAUGAAGACAGAGGGUGUCAGGUGCAGUGUAAUUGGACUCGCAGCCGAAUUGCACAUUUGUAAACGCAUGGCGUCCGUGACAGGAGGCAUUCACGGUGUCGUUUUGGAUGAUAAGCAUUUUAAGGAACAGUUAAAUUUACAUAUUGAUCCGCCUCCUGCUGCAACUCGAUUGGACGCCGCUUUAGUCAAAAUGGGAUUUCCUCAUCAUGCUUUACAAUCUUCAACUGCUGAAACUUCCAUGGCUGUCUGCAUGUGUCAUGCUGAUAAUAUGGAAGACUCGGACAAGCUUUUAAAUACGGGAUAUCUUUGUCCCCAAUGCCUUAGCAAACACUGCGAAUUGCCAGUCGAAUGUCGCGCUUGCGGACUCACAUUAGUGUCAGCACCACAUUUGGCCAGAUCUUAUCACUAUUUAUUUCCUGUCAAACGGUUUAAAGAAAUUCAGUACGAUGGAAGCUCUUCGAAUUGCUUUAGUUGUCAAAAGGAGUUCGGGCAGGUGGACAAAAAGCUCUAUUAUUGCGAGAAUUGCCACCACACCUUUUGUCUGGACUGUGAAAUAUUCGUUCACGAAUCUCUUCACAUGUGUCCAGGUUGUGCAACUAAUCCGGAAACUUACGUGAAACAAUCAGAAAAUUUAUCAGCCCGUUGAGAAAGUGGGAAUAAAAGAUUUUUUGUAACUACUUUCACAGUAUCUUUCUUCGAUUGAUAACUUCACUCAUUCAUUAUUAUAUCAUUGCCAUUUAAGUUUUGCGUCGGUUCGGCUGAAAAAUAAAUAAGACAUUCGAAUCAGUUUCCAAGUACCAGAAUGUUGAACAUUUGUCGAACGACUAUUUGAAUGUUACAGUCAAUAAUACAAUAUUAUUUUUUAAUUUUACAAAAGUGUACAUAAAUAAAUACGACUUUUUUAUUUUA